UGUUACCAUGGCGGCUAGAGAUUAUGGAAGCCUACCUGUAUUAACACGGUGGAGAUGACGACAGAUGCCCGCUGUCAUCUCUGUGGAUUACCUCUAUGUCGUUGUGGGUUUGCUCAGCUCGACGUGCGUAGGGACUAUAAUCGUAAUCACGUCUAAAUAGUGUGAGCUAACGCUAUGAUAGCACGUAUAGCAACAAAGCGGGUAUGGAGACUUACAGCGGUUCCGUUUCAUAGAUAACAACACCUCUUUUUUAGACCGCAGAGCAUACUGACACGUAUAUAUGGAAAAAUGCCCAGCAUGACGUGGACGCUGAUCCGUUGAUGCGAAAUGGAAAGUUAUGAGAGCAGCGAUGAUGACUGUUAUGAGGUAGAUUUGCUACCAGCGCCACCUACAGAGAAAAAACAAGAGACAGGAUAUCCAUCCCAGAGACUCGUUAAAACAGUGUGCCUUGUUCUUCUAUGGGUUUCCUUCGGCUUCCUGACGUCAGUAGGGGGUACAACUGUGGUGGAUUUUACCGAAAUCCUCCAUGAGUCCUACACGCAUAUCGGAAUGGCGCUUGGUGUCCACUUUUUGGGGAUUCUCUGUGGACUUUUCCUCAGCGGUUUUCUCUCGGAUCAUCUGAGACUGGACCGUCAUAUGUUGCUGGGCUGUUCAGCCAUUGCAAUGGGCAUUCUAAACUUGGUCAAACCCUUUUCCUUCCAUGUGAUCAUGUAUGCAGUGGUGCUGGGUGUAGAGGGCUUAUUCAAAGGCAUAAUAAAACCAGUUGCUAACAACCUUCUGUUGUCGCUAUGGGGAGAAGCCGCUCCAACGCCCGUCAACAUAUUCCACUUUGGUUUUGGCGUCGGUGCACUGAUUGGACCCUUCGUGACGAAACCAUUUCUGUCUGAGCGAUGCCCUUCGCUGGCAACGAAUUCCACAAGAGUGACUCUAAACCCGGUGUGUAAGUCUACUGCAGAUGAUGACGGGAUCAAGUACAUCAGGGAGUCUAGGAUUGGGAUUCCGUUCACAAUAUCUGUAGUACCCAUUGUGGCUAUGGGCGUGAUGUUUCUAGUGUUUUACACCAGAAACAGAGUCAGCUCGAUUAGGAAGGGCUCUGCAGUUGUCACGAGUCAGACUCCACACGGAGAUCCGGGAACAAGGCUUGGGAUUUGGGGAAUUCUUAUUGUCGUUUUGUUACUGUGCUAUUACUUCACGCUGGCAGGCUCCGGAUUUGGUGGUUACCUCUUUACCAUUGCCUUUGAGAGCGAUUUAGGAUGUUCCAAAGAUGAUGCGUCCAAGAUCGCUUCCACAUUCUAUGCAGCAUUUACGAGUGGUCGCGUUUUAGCAGCUGUAUUUUUACAGUGGUUCUCCAUUAAAACCUUAUUUAUAUUUUACGUGUUUGGGGCUUUUGGCUCGAUGCUUGGAAUGGCAGUUUUUGGUCUAUUCUCAAAAACGUCCCUUUGGCUGUUCAGUGCUAUAUGUGCUCUCUAUGCCGGACCUCUUUGGCCAGCUGGGUUGGCGUGGACUAAUAAUUACAUGCACCUGACCACCAUGAACAUUGCUGUGGCGGAAACUGGCGCCUGUGUGGGAGAGAUUAUAUUCUUCUGGGUAGGCGGCUAUCUUAUAGAUACCCGCAAUAUACCUGCUAUCUUCACCAUGACUCUCACAUGUAACGCUGCAGCCUGUCUGGUGACUGUCAUACUUUAUCUUAUUGCUUAUCGCAUUGGUAAGCGAAACUUCCAGGAGAGAAAUCUUAACGAUCUAGAGCUUAAAUGGAUCCCUGUAGCCAAGUAG